AUGUCAACAAGCUUGUUCAGAUCAAAACAUUUCAAAUCAAAGAAAAACUUGAAACAUUUAACCAUUUCAGGCCCACUCCGGGCUCCCUGCCCACUUCCAUCCCCUUCACAACCAAGAAGAUCAUUCCAACAUCAACGCCAAAAUUCACAAAUUGAAAAUCCAAUCGCAGCCUAUUUUGAGUCGCAGGCGACUCCUAAUAAUUUGGUUGUUGUUUUGGUUUCCAAAUUUAAAUUUCAGGCGGAGACUAAAUAUGAAUUGAGUGUACUGCCAAAAGAAUAUUUAAUGUUGUUAGAGAGAUGUGGGAAUGGUUGGGUAAAAGUACAAUCUUUAGAGCUGAAGGAUAGAGUUGGAUUGGUACCUGCUUCUUUUUUGGAAAUUUCGGUUAAUGAUCCCAUUAAUCCAGUCUCACAGGAAUGGUUGAAUGAAAUGGUGAAUGAUCCGGAAGUUAAUACUGUAAAGGAGGAUGCUCAACUUGAGGUGUAUCCUCUCAAUUCUAAGAUUAUUCGGGUUUUACAGAAUACUGAAAAACAAUUAUGGUAUUUGGUUGAAUUAAAAAUGUCAAAUUGUGAGAUUGUCUAUAUUGGGAAACGUUAUCAUGAAUUUUAUAAUCUACAUCUUAAUCUCAUGGAAAAUCAUUCAACAUUACCCAAACUCCCACCACCAUUAUUUUUCAUCCCUCAUUCAUCUAAAUUAAAAUAUGACAAUAAGUUCAUGUCAGAUUUAAGAAAGAUUCAAUCCGAUUUAAAUAUCUAUUUCCAAGAAUUGAUCCACAAACACCAGGAAAUUCAACGAUCCAACAAAAUCCAUGAUUUCAUCUUCGGUGGCCCAUUUUUCCAAACCUCCAUCAAUACCGAAACCACCAUCAAUGAUCAUACCUUAAUCUCAUCAUUCUACCCAAAUUCAAUAGAUUUAGAAGAUUUAGUCUCACCCGCUCGAUCCACAUUCUCCACUACGGCUCCAUUACCACCUACCCAAGACAUCCAUCAACGCCAUGAAUCAAUUUCAAAAAUCUCCGACAUUGAUCAUAAUUCCAAAUAUUCAACUUAUAUCAACCAAGACACCAAAAAGCAAUUAUCCCAUUCAAGCAGUGCAUAUACAUUACAAAGUUAUUCCUCCUUGAUUGAUGGAUAUGAUCAUGACGGUGAUGAUGAUGAUGAUGAUUUGACUGAAUCUAAACAUGAAGAAGAUUCUAGUAGUGAGCAUGAUGAUAGUUUCAGGACGUCUUCGUCUUCGGUUGCUACUAAAGAUUCAUCAAUCCUUUCUCAUACUGAUGACGAGAAGGAAGUGAAGCCGGUGGUACGGGUUAAUAAUGGAAGCUUUUCUCUGAUUGAACGGCAGCAGCUGCCAAGUGAGUUCGUUUUUGUUCCUUCUGCUAGACUGCUGGUGAUGAAUAUGGGUAAUAGUAAUAGUAAUGGGAAUUUCAUGCAUUGUUCAACAAAGUCAAUUACGAAUCUUGAUCUGUUCAAGAUCUCGAGUCCGAAAGAAAAUGUAUCAUUACGUGGGUUUCAUAGUGUUCCUUCAACCCCACAGACGGUGGGUAGAAGUUUCCCCGAGAGGAAGAGGUUGACUUGUAGUCCGAAUGAAUGUAAUCGAGAAAAACUUGGUGAAAAUGAUUAUAUCAAAUUGAAAUUCUUCUUGAAUAAUAAAGAAGAUGAUAUUGUGAUGUUAAGAAUUAAGAGAAGUAAUUUAAUUUCCAUUGUAUAUUUGAAGAAAUUACUUUCUUAUAAGAUUUAUAAGGAUUAUAAUUUGAUUGACCAUUAUGUGUUGGAGCCAAUUCAACACCAAAAUGGACAUCAACAAGAGGAGAGUCGGUACAAAAAGACAGUCAUGAAGGAUGAGGAGUUGUUAGAGUAUAUCAAAGGUCAUUCAAAAGUUAGUUUUAGUCUAAAUAAGAACUGA